AUUUGUCAAAGUUAAUGUGACCAUGUGGUUGUAAAUGGUGUGAGGGUGGUGGUUAUCGCUGAGAUCGUGUGUAAAUAAGGGAAAUUUGUCGUGUGUGUGUGUGAGAGCAGCCACAUGCGCCCGUGAUGUGCGCUCCAUAGCCUAGCUGAUGCUAGCUGGCUAACACCGUUGAGUAACGUUGAGAAAAAGUCGCACUUUCUAUAUAUUUGUAGGCGACCACCUGUACAACCUCGUCAAACAUGCAGAACGACGCCGGUGAAUUCGUGGACCUGUACGUCCCACGCAAAUGCUCUGCCAGCAACAGAAUCAUUGGAGCCAAGGACCAUGCCUCCAUCCAGAUCAACAUUGCUGAGGUUGACAAGGUGACCGGUCGUUUCAACGGUCAGUUCAAGACCUACGCCAUCUGUGGCGCCAUCCGCAGAAUGGGUGAGUCCGAUGACUCCAUCCUGAGGUUGGCAAAGAAUGACACCGUUGUUGCAAAGAACUUCUGAGUGUGACGCUGGAGUUUUGGGAACUAUGUAAAAUAAAGUGGUGGAAAAAACCAACA